GUCGAGCGCGCCGCGGCUGAGUCUGGGCUACGACUCCCUGGGCCGCCUGGUGAACCGCUUUGAAAUGCCUGGAGUUGCCAACUACACGACGGUGCUGCUGAGUCCGGAUGGGGGCACCUUGUACGUGGGGGCCCGAGAGAGGCUCCUUGCCCUCAACACCAGCACCUUCUCCCCUGGGCCGCAACACCGAAUCCUGCUGUGGGGUGCCGAGGAGGAGAAGAAGCAGCAGUGCGUCUUCAAGGGAAAGGACCCUCAGAGAGAUUGCCACAACUAUAUCAAGAUCCUGCUGCAGCUGAAUGACACCCACCUCUACACCUGUGGGACCUCUGCCUUCAGCCCCACCUGCGCCUACAUCAGCAUUCCAGACUUCAGCCUGGUGCGGGAGGCUUCCGGGAAGCCAGCUCUGCAGGACGGGAAGGGCCGCUGCCCCUUUGAUCCUGAAUACAGAUCCACGGCCCUCCUAGUGGAUGGGGAACUCUACACCGGGACGGUCAGCAACUUUCAAGGAAACGAGCCCGCCAUCUCCCGCAGCAACAGCAGCCGUGUGGCCGUCAAGACGGAGAACUCCCUCAGCUGGCUGCAAGACCCUUCCUUCGUGGGCUCAGCUUUCCUCCGCGAAAGUCUCCCGCCCAGCGAUCCCCAGGGAGACGAUGACAAGAUCUACUUCUUCUUCAGCGAGAGCGGCAAGGAAUUUGACUUCUUUGAGGACACGGUUGUGUCACGCAUCGCCCGGGUGUGCAAGGGAGAUGUGGGGGGAGAGCGUGUGCUCCAGAGGCGCUGGACGACCUUCCUGAAAGCCCAGCUGCUCUGCUCGCGCCCCGGAGACGGCUUCCCCUUCAACGUGCUGCAGGACAUGUUUACGUUGACUCCCGGAGAGCGCUGGCAGGAGACCAUCUUCUACGGGGUCUUCUCCUCUCAGUGGGAUCAGAAGGGCCGUGCGGGCGCUGCAGUGUGUGCUUUCCCCAUGGCUGAUGUGAAGGAAGCCUUCAGUGGCCUCUACAAGGAAAUCAACCGAGAGACGCAGCAGUGGUACACAGACACCCACCCUGUGCCAGAGCCCCGGCCUGGAGCGUGCAUCACCAGCCGCGCCCGCCACAUGAAGAUCACCUCUUCGCUUCAGAUGCCCGACCGGGUGCUCAACUACCUGAAGGACCACUUCCUGAUGGACAGCGCCGUGCGCAGCCAGCCCCUCCUGCUACAGAGCCAGGCUCACUACCGGCAGAUCAGUGGGCAGCGCGUCCAGGGCCUGCAUCGUGCCUACGAUGUCCUCUUCUUGGGUGCAGGGGACGGACGGCUCCACAAGGCGGUGGUGAUGGGCCGGCGGGUGCACCUCAUCGAGGAGGUCCAGCUCUUCCCCGCAGGGCAGCCAGUCCUCAAGCUGCUGCUGGACCCCACUCAGGGCCUGCUCUACGCUGCCUCCUAUUCUGCGCUGGCGCAGCUGCCCGUUGCCAACUGCAGUCUCUACCGGAGCUGUGGGGAAUGCAUCCUGGCUCGGGACCCCUACUGCGCCUGGAACGGGGAAGCCUGCCGGCCUGCAGCCCUGUACCACCAGCAGCCCUGGGCCCAGGAUAUUGAGACGGCCGCUGCGGGGCAGCUUUGCCAGAUGGAUUCACCCGCCUUUUCUAUCCCCUCAGCUGCCAGGUGCCAACCCGUUUGGCUGACCCCCAACGCCGUGAAGCUGCUCCCGUGCCCCCUCCUCUCCAACCUGGCCUCCCGCCAGUGGGUGCGGGAGGGGGCUGCCCUCAAUGCCUCCUUCCUGGUGCUGGCCAAAGGUGAGCUGGUGCUAGUGGGCGGCCCCCACCUGGCCGGGCGCUACGAGUGCUGGUCUCAGGAGAACGGCUUCCGCCAGCUGAUGGCCAUCUACUGCGUGAGGGCGGAGCGGGCAGCGCCAGGCUGGCUCGUGCCGCUCCAGGGCCCGCUGGAGACCAUCAUCAGCACCUCCCGGAGCACCUCUCCCGUGGCAGCGGAGGGCAUCGCUGCCCUGCUGGAGGCCAAGACCUACUGGACCGAGUUCCUGGUCGUGUGCGUGCUCUUCGGGCUGACGGUGACGCUCCUGACGCUCUUCGUGUUGCAUCGCCACCAGGACGCCAUGAAGGCCUUCCUCAAGCAGGGCAAACGCACCAACGCUCAUGCCAAGAAGCUGUGCAAAGCAGGGCUGCCCACAGAGAGCCUGCCCCUCAAUGGCACCAAUGCGCCCAGUGCCUUGCCAGACCACAAAGGCUACCAGACGCUCGACGACAGACACGUGGUGAGCUCCCCCCUGCGGGAGGCCCCGGCUCCCCCCGGCACAGCCUUCCCGGGGCCUGACCAGCGGCCGCUGAGCACGCACGAAAGCUUUGUGGAGAUGCUGGUUCCUUCGCAGCGGCCCCGCGUGCGCCUCGGCUCGGAGAUCCGGGACUCGGUGGUGUGA